GAGAGUGCCCGGAGCAGAAGACAAAGGGAGUGCUCAUAGAAGUAAAGGCUUGAUAUUGUUUAAGUCAGUUGGUGGAAGACUGGCCUAAGAUGUAGAGUGAGACCAAUAAUCGGUUCAAUUCCCCUACACCGGCUGAGGAUACCCUGGAGGACUCUCGUUAAACCGCCACCAGUGCAUUGAAAGAGCAGCCCAGUUUGGUAGGAUAUGACGACUUGAAAUAUGUGAAGACAAAAGCAGGAAGACAGGAUAUGGAAGCAAUUACAGCUAAGAAUGUAUUAAUUUUGUUCGGAAUGGACUUUUCCAUCACUAUUGGCAACAGACAAACAACAUCCUGCAGAAUCCGAGCCAGGGAGUCCGGGACCUGUCAAUCACCCGGCAACCCCGGGACCCAGGACUUGUCUAUUACUCGUCCUCCUGGGUCCCUGGUGAUUGAACCGUCGCUGUUAAAUAUAAUGGGAUCUGAGGUAGGGCUUACAGUUUCGGGAGAAAUUUCACUGGCUGUGCAUUAUUUUUAAUCGUUUGUUUUGACUUUUUUUUGGAACAGUCAUUCCCGAUCAGUUGCUAAAAUCGUUACUUGUCUAGUGUCUCGGUUCAGAUUGGAAACUGUAUUCAUAAUGACAAUGAACCCACACGUUAAUAACAUGGCUGAUAUCCUGGCAAAUAAGCAGUUUAUUCAAAGUGAACGGCACGUCCCUUGGAGACAGAAAAAGCCCUGGCAAGAUGUUGCUAUCAUCGACCUUGAGCCAGAUGAUGGAUUAUUGGUGACUCAUGUCAAUCAAACCAGUGGGUUGUUGAGAACAGAAGGGAAACAGCCGCUGCCCAGUGAAAACCAGACAUCUGAGGAGUGGCUGGCCAAUCACAGCUUGGAUCACCAGAAAUUGACACUUCAACAUCUUCUAGCACACAGCAGGAUCAGCACGAAAAAGGAUGUGAUGAAUGUUGAACAACUGCAGCUCAGCUUAGAUAUCAUUGAUAAGUUUGAAUGCAGACUUCACCGAAUGACUGACCUUUAUCACCAACGGAUGGAAUGGCUGAUGGAAGGGAGCAGAAAGAUGUUCGGCUUGGUGAAAGGGUCUCGGGUCGGUCUUCUUAUCGACUCCUCUGAUGCAAACUGUGGGCUUGGCCGACUGCAGGACUUUCAGGCAGCUCUCCUGCGUCUGCUGGACGAACAGCUCUGUUUUAGGAAGCAGUUUUAUUUCCUCUCCUUUGGUAGUGACCUCUCUGAACUCUGGGAGACCCCACGGGAUGUGAACAUCCGCACCUUAGACGAAGCAAGGCAAUGGGUCCGAGAUCUCCAGCCCAGUGGGAGCUGUAACCUACUAAAGGCCAUGAAGAAAGUAAUGAAAGUGAAGAAGUUGAAUACUCUUCUCAUUAUCCUGGGGUCAUGUCCUGAUCAGACAGCAGAUAUUUUGGCUGACUAUAUGCAGCAGUGUAUGCUGGGAAGACAUUUGCCUUUCCAGACUGUCGCUUAUGACUGUAGCCACCACAUGACUCAUAUGACACUGAGGUCCCUGGUGAAAGUCUCAGGAGGACGUUACCAUUUGUACUCUACCAGCUGUCAGACCCAGGGCUGCUGGAGCAGUGAUCUCGAGGUCUUGAUGAAGGAACUGCAGCAAGCCAGCAAUGUAUUGGAGAAGAUUCAGGAAAUACGCCAGGGGCUGCUGGGACACUCUCUCAAUGAGGCUGGGGAGCAGAUUACAACUGAGGUUGCCAAGAUACCGCCUGCUCGAUUCCUACUCCAGCCGCCCAAUCACGAUGGACCUCUCUGCCUCGAGACUUCCAGCUUCCUGCCCAAGACCUCUGCUGAUUGGCUGAAGCAACAUGGCUUGAAAGCUAAGAAGCUCAGUCUGUACCAAGUGUUGGCACCGAAUGCAUUCUCACCUCUGGAGGAAUUUGUGCCAAUUCUUCACAAGACAGUGUCCUCGACACUACAUGGGCGAGCGAUGAUGCAGCUGGAAUGGCAUGAUGGGACAGUGAAGAAUGUCCAUGUAGACCCCCCUCUGUUGUACGAGUACCAGAAGCAGUUGGGUCGAGCGAUGAGCCAUUUUGAGCGGAGAGCUGACUGGCUGUCCACGGGUAGCAGGAAGAUAUGGGGUAAUAUUUGUGAAAAGAGGGUGAUAAUAUUGGUGGACAUCUCAAUCUAUAACUCUCUGCACAUUAUCCACAUCCAGCACUCCCUGCGCCUCCUGUUCGAACAACAGAUGACAAAUAAGGAAAGCUUCAACCUGUUUGUGUUUGGUUCUGAGGUUCAGCAAUAUCAGCCCCAGAUGGUGCCAGUUACACCAAAUAAUCUGCAGGCAGUGUGGAGGUGGGUCCUGACUCUGGAGUGCAGUGGCAGUCGGAAUUUCAUGGGUGCAUUAAAAGCAGCAACAGAAAAUAAUCUGCAUGAACAAGGGGAUCCUUGUGGCAUAUACCUUCUUACCAGUGGAAUACCUGACCAGGAGAUGGACAGGAUCUGUUCUUAUGUUGCUGAAAUCUGUGAAGGUCAUGACCUGCACCUUCACGUCUGCCUAUUCAGUAUCAGUGACGAUGGACUGAGUGGGACAGUCCCUGCACGUUAUGCCUCUCCAGGAGAGACCGCGUGUGCACUGCAGGAGCUGGCUCGUUCAGGUCGGGGAAGGUUUCACUGGUUUCAGGAAACAGGUAUUAUAGAGAGUGAUGACAUUCACCUUAUACUGGCUGAAAUUGAGAAAGCUGCCAACUACUCACAGAAGUGUGCCGUGCUGGUCGAAUCUUUAAGGAAACGCUCCAUGAAGCAGUCUGGAACACUGCCAGGUGCUGGGGACGGUUUAAAAAUGUUGGUGAAAAGGGAGAACCGCUGCCCUCAAAAUCUGCUCACUCCAAAACCCAAGGCACUGAGCCUGGCCCGAAAGCAAGCCACAGGGGGAAGUGGUGAAGAAAGCAGCUCAGCUGUCAGAGCCCUGACCUGGGGUCCACACAGUGCGAAAGUUGCCCUCCCUCCAGCUCGUCCCAAUAAGAAGUGGAUUCACCCCUCUGUGGAAAGUCGCACUAAGCCGCACAAAACAGCAAAGGUUUCAAAGUUGAUGUUUUACACAGAGGACAGGACUAAGGUCGGCGCAGUCUAUCAGAAAUAUCCGAAGAUGAAGAAUAUGAGGAAGACCAUUCCCUUUGUAUAUUUGCCAAAAGAAGAGGAGAUUUGUUCAACUUCAGCGUGGUUGCAGAAGUUCAGUAUUAAGAAGCUGGGAUUGGAUCUGCACAAACUCGUCUCGGGCCUGGACUGCGUGCACACGAAGCAACUUGUGAGGAGCAUACGCAAAAGAGUCUCCGCAAAGUAUUGUGCAACCUUCCCCAGUGUGGAAAUCAAUGGUGUGAUGAAACAUCUACACUUACAGCUUCAUGAGCUGGAAGAAUACAUUGAACAAAUCGAGCGGACUCUAAGUCGAUAUCUGCAGCGAUUACAGUGGCUGCUAUCAGGAAGCAGAUGUCUGUUUGGAACAAUCUUGGAGAAGAGAGUCUGUAUUUUGCUGGAUACCUCAGGCUCCACCAGCCCUUACCUGCCAGCCCUGAAAAAGGAGCUCACUUCACUGAUCUGGGAACAGCUCAGCAAGGACAGCCACAGCUUUAACCUGCUGUGUUUUGCUGAGCGGGUCGACACUUGGCAGGAAUCCCUGGUGGAGGCUACAGACGAGACAUGUCAUGAUGCCAUUCAGUGGGCCUCAGGAACCAUUGCCCAUGGAAACACUUGCACCCUGGAGGCCUUACAGCGGGCCUUUCAGUUUCUGGAUGUGCAAGGGAUAUACCUGCUGACUGACGGAAAGCCAGACACCAGCUGUAGUCUCAUCUUGAAAGAAACUCAACAAAUGAACAAGGGCCGAGGUGUCAAAAUACACACCAUUUCCUUCAAUUGUAUGGACAGCACAGCGAAUGAGUUCCUCAAGAAGUUAGCAGCACAGACUGGAGGCCGUUUCCACCGUUGCCAUGGAGCUGUUGAUGGACAGCUGGCAGCGCACAAAAUGCUUGCGGGAGGGUUUUCAGAUGAAGACAAUCCUAAUCUGCCUGCAUUUGAGGGUGAUGAUUUAAAGAGGCUUUCCAGAGAAAUAAAUAAAGCGAGACGAUUUCUAACGCAGGCUAAAUCCUUCAGACACUUACUUUUGGAAAAGCAAAAGAAACCAGAUCAGACUGGAACUUAAAGCCCAGCAUGAGCAGGUGACAGGAAAACAGAAUGAAUUGAAAUCAGUAUCUUCUAAGUUCCUUCACUGAACAACGUAGUUUCUCU